AUGCAGCUGUGUGCAGCGAUCGGUGUACGAUCCGUGGUGCAGUUUCCGCACCGGUUCAACGACCGGUUUCUUCGACUGCGGCAGGAGGAGAAUGCGAUGGCGGUUGCAUUCAGCAUGGGAUCAUUCGGUGCCUACCUCCCUUACCCAACAAUCCUCGUGGGGACAGACCGGCUGCUCCUGAAGGGCAUCAAGUAUGCGGCCGGACGUAUGUUCGCAUUGAUGAAGGCACCGGACCGGUUGGACGCGAUGCCUUUGACAUCGGCUGGAAACGAGACAUCUGCAACCUUCCAUUUUGUGGUCCUGGAUAUUGUCAUGAUACGCCAUCGACAGACCAAUUUGCGGUCAGUGAACUGGGUGGGUGUGUUUGAUGAGAUAGCAAAGAACCUUGUCGAUCAAGACUUGGACCAAUGGUUCGGUCCUAUCCCGGCACCGGCUAUUAAGCUCAAGCAGAGACGUGUCACGCACGACUUGGUUUUCGAGGAACACGACUUCGUCGUCACACGUCCCCUGCCACCCGUGACGGCUUCGGCGGUGCCGUGA